AAAAAAUAGAUAUCAAGACGUUCAAGUUGAAAAUAUAUUAAAAUGGACAGCAUUUUAUUGCCAAAUGAAAUCGAAUUAUAUGUCGAUACUAUGCAAAAACAAAAAAUGGAUAACUUGGGCACUUAUCAAUGGAUUGAGUGGCAUCAACGCUUACAAAAACUAAAUCAACAAGCAUUAAUAGAAGCGUCCUCGUUAAAAGAAGAACAUGUAAAGGAAACUUUGGUUUGUUGCGGAAAGGCACCUCUACUAGUUCACGAAGCUAUAUUGAUCAGUAUUUGGAAACAGAAGGUUUUUCCGGAAUUGCUGAAAUUAGAACCUCAGCCGGAAAAUACGUUCAUAGCAUAUUCUAUAUUAUACCAUGAAGCGGUAUGCGUUGCUUUGUUGGAACUCGUUCUCUUCCACCCAAAUUGUUGCGAAACUCUGGAUGACACUUCGGCUGAUUUGCUGGAAUACUCGUGUGCGAAUGUUUCCCAAUUACUGACAACGAAACACCAGGAAUCAAGUUUGAAUGAAAAAUCAGGAAACCAAUUAAUGCGGCAGAAAGGCAAUUUAACAUUCGAAAUAGGUAUGAAAUCUCUCACCAUUAUAAGAUAUCUAGCUGAAAAUUUAGAGAGACUGCCAAUCGCCGUGAAAUCAAAGAUAUUUGGGGAUUACGAUGUACCCGUUCUUUUCACCGAAAUCAUGUUGAUUACACCUUGGUUGAAAGACGAGAAGGUGUACGUUGGAGGUAAAUGGAAAAAAAUGGAUAACGAACAACUGAGUCCAUAUGAAGGACAGAUUUGGUUGACGUUACGGCAGCUGCUAUUAGAUCCAGAAUGUUCCAAUUAUUAUGCUCUCACUGAUGAACAUCGUAAAACUCUUUCGAAACUUUUACCAUUGAUGACACCAUGUUUGUUAGAUCAACUUUCACCACUAAUCGAAUUGAAGUAUUGGUUAGGUCAAUUCAGUUUUAUGGAAAAUCCGUCAUCAAAACCGAAACCUCUCCUUAUAGAGACCGUAUUGGAAAUAAAGGAGAGUAUUUUAAAGGAAACCGGGAGAAAGUGGAAAAAAAUCGCUCAAAAUCAAUUGGAAAGGAUUUUUACUACAGAUAGAGAAAUAUUGCAAGGUAUUGCAGAAAGAUUAACUGAUGCUUAUAAUACAGAACUUUUAGAAAAGUUCGAAGCGACUGAAGAAGCCAAGUGUGCCAAAUGUGGAAGAGAUGCUAUACAGAGAUGUUCCCGUUGUCGUGCUGUUUGGUACUGCAACAAAGCUUGCCAGGUGGAACACUGGAAUAUUCAUAAGGAUGAAUGUAAUCCAUAAAAGCCUUUAACCAAACGUGUUUUUCAAUUUUUAAGUAAUAUAAAGUUAUUUGUUUA